CGCGGGGGAGGGGACAGAGGAGGGCGAGGGGAGGGGACAAGAGAGCUAGCGGUCCCGCCCGGUGAUGUAGGCAGCCCGGGGAGGUGGAGCCGCGACGCCUGAAAGAGUCCCCACGGCAGCCGCGCUCUCGGUCUACCCCACCGAGCAGCCGCCAGCCCUGGCUCCGGCGCCCGCCCUGCCGCCGCAAUCUGGGCGGCGGGGAGCGCAGGAUCCCCCCCGUUCGGGCCUGGGGGCGUCUACACUACCCCCAACCCCUGCCCCUCCUGGCUUCCCGAACGGCUGGAGCGACUCCCGGAGAAAGCUGUUGCCGGCCGAGCAGCCGCCGCCCGGGCAUCUCGGCUGCCAGCCCAGCUGGACACUAGCCAUCUGCGAAGCCAGCCCCGCCUGGCACUGGGCAUCUCCGGGCACUGACUGUCUGCGGCGCCGCCCGGCUUCUCGCGACCGAGGGGCCGCGGACUUCUGUGCGCCCACCCCUCCCCCGGGCACUACGCCCGUGAGCUCCCCGCGCCCCCAGCCCUUUCAGCUGCCACCGCCGCGAUGCUGCCCUGGAGACGUAACAAAUUUGUUCUGGUGGAGGACGAGGCCAAGUGCAAGGCGAAGAGCCUCAGCCCGGGGCUCGCCUACACGUCGCUGCUCUCCAGCUUCCUGCGCUCCUGCCCGGACCUGCUGCCAGACUGGCCGCUGGAACGCCUGGGCCGCGUGUUCCGCAGCCGGCGCCAGAAAGUGGAGCUCAACAAGGAGGACCCGACCUACACCGUGUGGUACCUGGGCAACGCCGUCACCCUGCACGCUAAGGGCGAGGGCUGCACCGACGACGCCGUGGGCAAGAUCUGGGCGCGCUGCGGACCGGGCGGCGGCACCAAGAUGAAGCUGACGCUGGGGCCGCAGGGCAUCCGCAUGCAGCCAAGCGAGCGCAGCGCAGCGGGAGGCUCGGGGGCCCGGAGGCCGUCGCACGCCUACCUACUGCCGCGCAUAACCUACUGCACCGCGGACGGACGCCACCCGCGCGUCUUCGCCUGGGUCUACCGCCACCAGGCGCGCCACAAGGCCGUGGUGCUGCGCUGCCACGCAGUGCUGCUGGCGCGGGCGCACAAGGCGCGCACCCUGGCCCGCCUGCUCCGCCAGACCGCGCUGGCGGCCUUCAGCGACUUCAAGCGCCUGCAGCGCCAGAGCGACGCGCGCCACGUGCGCCAGCAGCACCUCCGCGCCGGAGGGGCCGCCGCCUCGGUGCCCCGCGCCCCGCUGCGCCGUCUGCUCAACGCCAAGUGCGCCUACCGCCCGCCGCCGACCGAGCGAAGCCGUGGGGCGCCGCGCCUCAGCAGCAUCCAGGAGGAGGACGAGGAGGAGGACGACGAGGCGGAGGAGCGCGAGGGAAGAGCCCCCCAGCGCGAGCGGCCGGAGGUGCUUAGCCUGGCCCGGGAGCUGAGGACGUGCAGCCUGCGGGGCGCCCCGGCUCCUCCGCCGCCCGCGCAGCCCCGCCGCUGGAAGCCUGGCCCCAGGGAGCGGUCGGGCCAGGCGCGCUGAGACCCGAGGGGGCAGAACUCGCGGCCACGGACCCGGCCGGCCAGACUUUCAGCCUCCAAUCCCGGCCCCGCUUCGGCUGUCCCCUGGCCUCUGCAGCCCUCGCCUCCCUCGUGGUUUCUGUUGUUGUCCGC